AUGCCUCGCCUAUCACCCGUUCCAGAGCCAUCGACGCGCCGACUACCGCUGCCAGAGGUGGUACCGAGCGCGAUCUCACCUCGCAGGCCACGUCGCAAGAGAGCGCUCUACGGCCUGCCCUACGAGGACGAAGACGAUGAGAGGCAAGCAGCGAAUCCCCCGUCGCAAUGGCUGGGCAGCCACGGCGCAGAUUUCCAGCCUUGGCCUCGAGCUGCAGAUCAGUCGAGCUAUGCUACUUCUUCGUCAUCACACGCAGCAUCACAGCCUCGUCGAAAGCGCUUGGAGAGCGAUGCGCUUUACGACGUCGUAGCCUGGAUAUCCGCCAGAGUCCUCAAGGAACGUAGACAAGAGAAGGGAGGACGUCGACAUCGCUCGGCACCGCUUCGACCAAAUCAAGAGGAUGUCGACAACGACAGUGUCUCUGCGGCUGGCUCGAUGUCUUCAGCACUGGGCGCGAGAAGUUCUACGUCGGCUUCGUUGAGAGGGAGUGGUCAGGACAGCGAUGACGAAACUGAAAGUGACGGCGAUGCAGAAGGAUCAACGCUGGACAGCGACCUCGAAGACGCAGGAUCUUCCGAUUCUGGAACUACCACGCCGCACGAGCAAAGCGAUGCCCUCCUCUCCCCGCUCGUCCUCUCCAUCCAAUCAAGUCUCGAGACCCUCCUUACGUCUCUGGAGCAACGAAGACGCAGCCAGGUGCGGGCGCAAUCCCACCGUGGAUGGAAGCAGCCCCCCUUAGAGCCUAUGACAGGUUCAGAGGUAUUGAGUGCGCUAGAGAGGUUGGUGACCGACGAAGAAUCGCGCAGAGGUGGUCGUGAGGGGAAGGAAAGGGCUGAGAGCUGUGUGGGUGGGAGAGAGGUCUUGGAGGCUGUGAGGCGGAUGGUGAAGGAGCGGGCGGGGGAAAGCGAGGAGGGUGUACACCAAGACGAUGAUGAAGGAGUGGAAGAAGUAGCAGAGAGCGAGCUGCCCAGCCAAGAGCCUGGUGAGAGGUUCGGCGACCCCAGCGACGACGUCUCGAUGCAGCACCCCAACCAGCAGCCGCAGGACGCAAUACCCUCAGUGAAAAGACGCCGCCCUCCCCCCUCAAAGAAUCAGGCAAAGGCAGCGACGUGGACACACUACGCCUCGAAGCAGGAGCAGGAUCGUCAGCUCGAGAGACUAUUGCUGCUCAGCUAG